GAAGUCGCGCCUGAGGAAGUUAUCGUGCGCAGGUAUGGCCGCUUUGGCCCGGUCUUGGCAAAGCUGUUCGCGAGCGGUGUGGAGGCGAGAGGAGUUGAGCGCGUCCCGGAGGACCAGCGGGAGACGAAGAAUAUGUGGAACAACUUGUUGAUGUGGUGGUCGGUCAACACCGUUCUCACGACUAUUCCUAUCGGCACACUCGCGCAAGAGUUCUACACCCUGACCCUCCCACAUGCUAUCGCCACCAUUCUCUGCUUUGGCGCGUUGGGUGCUGUGGCCACAGCAUUUAUCAGUACCCUUGGUCCGAAGACGGGGCUCCGGACCAUGGUUAUCACGCGGUUCAGCUCUGGAUAUGUCGGAGGAGCCAUCUACUCUAUCCUGAACAUCCUCACGCAGCUCGGAUUCUCUGUGACGGCAGUCAUCCUCGGAGGGCAGACGCUCGCGUCCAUUAACCCGGGAACGCUUCCGCUCGUGGUCGGCAUCAUCAUCGUCGGCGUGCUCAGCGUCAUACCGUGUUUUGUCGGGUACAACCUGGUCCAUUACUACGAACGGUAUGCGUGGACGAUCAUCUUCAUCAUCAUACUGUUCCUCUGGGGCCUCGGCGGACACGCCGGGUACGAUAUCAACGCCCAGAAGCCGCUCGAGGACACGGGCAGGGCUCUCUCGGCAGAUAUCCUCAGUUUCGGAGGGAUCGUUUUCGGUUCUGUGUCUGGGUGGGCACCCGUCGCGGCGGACUACAACUGCAGGCUACCGGCGGACACCUCCAGCAUGAAGGUGUUCCUGCUUACGUUCUUCGGCCUUUGGAUACCCAUCUGCUUCGUCGAGAUCCUCGGCGCCGCUCUUAUGACCAUCACCAACCCCGCAUACACCCAGGCAUACACGGACGGCAGCACAGGCGGGCUCGUCGCACAGGUCCUUUCUCCCUGGGGAGGUGGCGGGAAGUUCCUGCUCGUCCUGCUCGGCCUCUCCGUAGUCGCAAACAACAUCCCGAACAGCUACAGCGCCGGGCUCUCGAUGCAGUCGCUCGGCCGGCCGUUCGCGCUCGUGCCGCGCUUCGCGUGGACGUUCCUCGCGUUCGUGAUCUACACGGUCGCGGGCGUCGCCGGGCGCGAGCACUUCUCGGAGAUCCUGUCGAACUUCCUGAGCAUCCUCUCGUACUGGACUGCGUUCUUCAUCGUCAUCGUCGCCGAGGAGCACUUUAUCUUCCGGCGCGCGGGCGGUGCGCUUGGAGGGUACCACCUCGAUGAUUGGGAUACGCCUAGCAGGCUGCCGCUGGGCUUCGCUGGUAUCCUCGCGGGUUGCUUUGGCGUUGCGGGCGCUGUGGUCGGGAUGUCUGAGGUGUGGUACACGGGCCCACUAGGCAUGAAAGCCGGCGCCGAAUUUGGUGCAGACCUCGGUUUCGAGCUCGCAGCUGGGUUUGCCGCGGUGACGUACCCGCCGCUGCGUUGGCUGGAAAUUCGUCUGACUGGGAGGUAG